AUGGGAGCAAAUACUAGCAGUUCUGUAAGUGAGGCACCAACGGUUCUUUCGAUUGAUGGCAGCAGUUCUGUAAAGGAGGAACCAACGACUAGGGUUCUUUCGAUUGAUGGCGGCGGAGUUAGAGCCUUAAUCCCACUCGUUAUUCUUGCUAAACUCGAAUCUCAGCUUCAGAAAAUAGACGGUAAAGAUGCGAGGAUUGCAGAUUAUUUUGACGUAAUUGCGGGUACAAACACAGGAGCACUAACUGCUGCAAUGCUUACUGCACCGAACGAAAAUAAUCGUCCGAUAUUUACUGCACAAGAAAUCAUAGAAUUUUACCUUGACAACUUCCCUAAAAUAUUCCCACAGGGAGAUAAUAUUUUGAGCCGUGCUGCAAAGAAAUAUAAACAGUGGGUCGGGGAAAUAAAAUAUAAUGGCAAAUAUGUAAAUUCAGUAAUAAAAGAGAAACUUGGUGAUACAAAACUGAAUCAAACUCUCACAGAUAUUGUCAUCACCACAGACCCCAUCACAUUCUCAACCAAUCAGGUGGAGAAUAAGGAUGUUUCACUCUCAGACAUCUGCAUUGGAAGUUUAGCUUUUCCGACUUAUUUGUCUCCGCAUUCCUUCGUAACUAAAGAUUCCGACGGCAAUUCCAAACAAUUCGACCUCAUUGGCAGUGCAGCCGACAAUCCGAUAUUAGCUGCAAUGAUGCAAAUACGAAAGGAGAAGGGUAACUUUUCACCGUUCUUUUUGUCGGUGGGAAGUUGUUUACCUAAAUAUAACAUAAAGAAAGCAAGAAAAUGGUUUCUUUACAAAUACACAUUAAAUAAUGGUUCGUCGACCGUUUGGAGUACAAUUGGUCGACUUGCGUCGUUUCUCACUGAUUACGACAGUCUCUUUUAUCUCCAAGACGCUCACGGUGAAGAAGAAUAUCUUCAACGGUUUCUCUCUGAAGAUAAUUAUCUUCGAAUUCAGGACGAUUCUUUAACUGGGGCAAUGCGUUCAAUGGACGUUGCGACGAAGAAGAAUUUGAAGAAUUUAGUGAAAGCCGGAGAAAAUUUGUUGAAGAAACGAGUUUCGAGGCUAGAUUCGAAAAGUAGAAAUUUUGUGCCGAUUAGCGAGGAAACGAACGAGGAAGCACUGAUUAAACUAGCAGCAGAGCUUUCGUGGGAGAAGCGAAUUCGAGAUCCGGAUUUUCUUGCGAUAGCAAUAAUAUAAACAUAGGCAUGGAUACAAAUUAAUUGUGGGGAAAUAUUAUUUUUAUUAUUGAAGUACAUAAUUAUUGUUUUCCUUUUUUUUUUUUUUUUUUUUUUUUAGAUUUUUCUAUUUUUUAUAAUAAAAGGUUAAGACCAAUUAAGUUUUCCGAUUUUCUUAUGUUAGGUUUUUUUUUUUAAUCACAUUCAAUUUUGUUCAUGUUCUAUAGAUAUUAGUUAAUAAUUAAUCUUAGUUUUCUUCAUCAAUAGUAUUUAUUUUAAGGUCCUUGAACUUUUGGACGAAUAGCAGAUUUGUUCUUAAUUUUCAAUCACAGCAAAUUUUUGAAGACCACCACUCGGAUGUGUUAAUUUUUUUUUUUUAAUAUAGUAAUUUGACUCGCGCGUGCGAUGCAUCGGAUGAAAUAAAAUUAAUUAAA